AGCGCGCAGACUGCACAGAAGAUCGGAACUGGAACGAUGCAGCCGUCUUCCGGAGCUCUCAAGCGUGGGUCUGGUGGGGAUGACGGAGGGAUGAACCAGCCACUGAGCCGUCCUGCCGCCCGCAGUGGCCCUCGUGCCACAUUCGCAGCUCCAGUCAUCGACUCGGGACUUUCCCAGGACUCGUUGGACAGCCGCCAUUCCGAGCCGGGCGAAUCGCCGACAAACCAGCAGAGACUGCGCUCACAACUCGGUAAGGAGGCAGCCAUUGGGAGAGAUCGUCUCCCCUCAUUCGAUGCCUGCAUCUGUUCAGACAAGGCCGCCGAAUUGGGGCUGUCGCUGCUCAGCGAGAAGGAGAGUCUGCAGGCCCGUGUGGUCGAGCUUGAGACAGCCCUGAGAAAGGCUUCGGUCCGCGGCAGCGAGGGCCACAACGUCUCGUUCUCACCGCAGUGCCUACAGCAACUCCGAAGUGGCUCUUCUCUCUUGUCUUCCGAGGACUCUCAUGCCAGUGAGCGCCCCGCAUCGGCUCCCUGCCGCUCGUCUGUGUCCCGCCGGGGUGUCUCUGGCUCUCUCGUCCCGUCAUCACCGCAGCAGCUGCCAUCGCGCCACUCGCAGCACCGGCAGACCAUCAGUGGGCUGCCAUCUUUGCUCCGCACGGCAGGCGACGCAUGCAGCGACGACAGUUCGUCAGACACGUCCCCUGCGAUGCGUUCGGUGCGGUCAUCGAUCCGCAUGCGUCGCCUGCCGACGUGGAAGGAGGCCAUGAUAGACGAGAUGCAGGAGGAGAUCCAGGAGCUGCAGGUCACCAAGAACGAAGCCGAUGAGCUCAAGCAGAAAGUGGCCGAGCUGCAGAGACAGAAGUCGGCGCUCGCGAGGGAUCUUGAGGCGAGGGAGACGGAGCUGCACGAUUCCAGGACCGCGCUUGAGGAUGCCCAGCAGAAUGACAAGAAGAGACAGAAGGAAAUGAUGGUGCUCAGAGCUUCCCUGCGGGUCAAGCGGGGCAGGACGUCGGAGGAGGAGUCCGUCUUGGAACAGCAGGCGGCGAAUGCUUGUGAAAUGGACAGGUCAGUCGGACGAUCGAUCGACCUUACGGACAGACAUCGUACGUAAUCCAUCGUUCUUCUCUUUGUGUGCAGCUUACGUCGCGAGAAGGAGCAGCUAGAAGAGGACAACCAAAGGCUCGCCCACCAGCUCACAGUCAUGCAGCAAGCUCGUGGGGCGCAUCGGAGGUCAUCAACUGUCGCAAACUCGGCAGACAGCUACAGACCCCUUUGUCUCGCGGCGAAGUAUGCCAACCGGUGGCUCCGCAACAGCCAGAGGAGACGGCACGCCGAGGCGUUUGACGCGUCCACCCAGAUGGACGCUGAUUGGGGUGAGAGCGCCUCACCUCUCGCAUCCACACAGCACGUGUCUCUGUUUGAAGAGCUGAUGGUGCCGGGCGGGCCGUCGGCGGGCCCUGAUACAGUCAUGACAUCGACCUUCCAUGCAGCCAAGGUGGAGCAAGACGUGCAGACACUGCUGGACGGAGAGGGCAUCACCUCGAUGGAAGAGGCCCUUUCGCUCCUGAGCAGCCAGCUGGAGACCGAGAUGGUCGACCGUGCGCAGUCUGAACGGGAAAACGAAGAGCUCUUGGGGCUUUAUGGCAGGCAUCUCGGUCUCACAAGGCAGCAGCUGGAAGCUCUGCAGCAGAGAGUUCGCGACACCCUCCUUCUGCACCGAGACGAGGGGGGCACCGCAUCUCGAGUCUCUGCCAGCCUGGUGGAGUGCAGGGGCCAUACCGAUGCGAUCAAGGAGGCGGAGAAUGACAGCUCCACAGCUAUCAAGGCCAUGCAGAGAGACUACGACGUGCUGCGCCGCUGCCUGCGCCGAAGCCACGACGAGCAGGCGAGGCUGAGACGUGACCUGGACCAUGCGACGGAGCACAGGCAGCUCCUGGCUGACAAAGUGGCGAGAAUGGAGAGCCGCAUUCGGGAGUACCUGGGGAUCAUCACCGAGAUGGAGAGGAAGGCCGACAGGGCGGAGGAGACGGCUGCUGGCAAGGGCAGGGAGCUGGCGUCGCUGCAGGAGCGGCAUGAAAAACUGACGAGCCUCUCGCAGCACCAGUCGCUGGAGCUCAUGUUCACGAGAGACAACCUCACAAAGGCCCAGGGAAUCAUAGCCCACCAGGCUAACUUUGUGAGGCGGGGCUUGAGGCACACGCCAGCUGAGGUACAGAACGACAUUAUUCGUCGGCAGAUGAUGCGGCAGCAAGCGAAAGAUGGGCUGAAAGGCGACAAACUGAACAGGCAGUGGGAUGAUCGUGUGGCAGCAGCUGUAGGGAAGAGGAAAGGGCCCGAAGAGGCCAACGACUGACAAUGCAGUUAGUUGUGG